GCGGACUCGGGGCGGGGGGACACGGGGCGAGAGAGGGAGCCGAGGGGCGCCCGUCCGGGGAGGCAGCGGAGGGACAGGACGCACCUGCUCGGGUACUUGGGGAGCUGGCGGGGACCCCCUUCGCACGGCACCCCCGUCCCGACCCCGGCAACAUCCUUAGGUUUAUUGCGGUACCACCUUAGGGAUGCUCUUUGCAGCUGAAGCCACACUUGUAGCUGGCUUGUAGCUCAACUCAAAGUAAAUGGGUGUCUGCUCCAGAAUAUGCCCCCAAACCCCAAAUCUAAACCCAAAGUAUCACGUAAGGCCGUGUCUCCAUCCUUUUGCUGACCUUUGUUACCCAGGGCCCACGGUGAUCUGGCCGGUAGCCUGGUCCCUGGCCGUGGGCCUGCUGGGUCCCUCCCGCUCUGGGGGAUGGAGGUCGGUGUGGUGCUUCUUGCAGGCUGUGUCCCGCAGGGCUCGCUGGUGUUCCUGGUCAGCGGGCUGGCCGUGCUGGGCUAUGCCGCGGCCCUCAGCGCCCAGCCCACCUACCAGGGCGUGGUCCGGGCCGUGUGCGGGCCGGCCCUGGGGAAGCUCUGUGAGGUCUGCUUCCUCCUCAACCUCUUCAUGAUCUCCGUGGCCCUUCUCAGGGUGGUAGGCGACCAGCUGGAGAAACUGUGUGACUCCCUGUACCCCAAUGGGACACUGAGUGGGGCCCCCCAGCUGCCCCCCUGGUACCUGGACCAGCGCUUCACCCUCUCAGCUCUCUGUGUCCUCGUCAUCUUCCCACUCUCUGUCCCCAGGGAGAUCGGCUUCCAGAAGUACUCCAGCAUCCUGGGCACGCUGGCUGCCUGCUACCUCACUGUGGUCAUCGUCCUGAAAUACUACCUGCAGUCAGAGAGCCUGCGUUUGACUGAGCCCCCCCAGCCCUCCAGGUCCUCCUCCUGGGCCUCCAUCUUCAGUGUCAUUCCCACCAUCUGCUUUGGCUUCCAGUGCCAUGAGGCAUGUGUGGCCAUCUACAGCAGCAUGCGCAACCAGAGCUUCUCCCACUGGGUCACCGUCUCUGUGCUCUCCAUGCUCAUUUGCCUGCUCAUCUACUCCCUCACUGGGCUCUACGGCUACCUGACCUUCGGCAAGGCUGUGGCGUCCGAUGUCCUGAUGUCCUACCCAGGGAAUGACCCCGUUGUCAUCGUCGCCCGCCUGCUCUUUGGCGUCUCCAUUGUCACCAUCUACCCCAUUGUGGUGCUGCUGGGCAGGUCCGUGGUGAGGGACUUGUGGGCGAGCCCGAAGCGCGGGGCCGCGGCGGUGCCGGAGACGCGGGAGCGGCGGGGCCGGGUGGCGCUGACGGUCACCUGGAUGGCUGCCACGCUGGGCAUCGCCCUCUUCGUCCCCGACAUCGGCAAAGUCAUCGAGCUCAUCGGCGGCAUCAGCGCCUUCUUCAUCUUCAUCUUCCCAGCAGGGCUGUGCCUCGUGUGCGUGACUGGGACCCGCAGCCUCGGGCCACGCAAGAAGGCUGCUCUCAUCGCCUGGGGCGUUCUCUCCGUUCUGGGCGGUGCCUUCGUGUGCGGGCAGAGCGCUGCCCUGGCCGUGCUGGGGCUGCUGCGCUGAGCGAGCACAGAGCCCCAGGGUGAACCCGCCGUGACCCCCCCGUCCGUCCUGCCCCGGACAGAGGCCCGGGACACGGCCACAGCGCUGGAUCCCAUGGAGGUUUUAUUUGGCAUCACCGUCCCCGUUGUACAGUGGAUAAUAAAGACAGGAGAGGGUAUUGGCAAGGGUCCUGUGCCACACACCCUGAGGGACCCCCACGCAUGGUGGGGUGGGUGUGGGAUUGGCAAAGACAGACAGACACACAGACGAAGUACAGACCCCGGGAGGGAGAGGAGGCAGCCACGCUCACGCCUGCAAGGCACCAGCUGCAACUGUGCACAUGCAAAGGAAACCCCUUGGGACCCCCCCAAAGCUGGAAAGGACUAAGGGGCAUCUUGGGAGCAGGGAAAUCCCCCUCUGCCACCACCCUGAGCCUGCCCUGGGACACGGGUCCCCAUCCCUGCAGGCACAGACACACUGCACCAGGCACAGCUUCAAACCCCCCAAUCUCUUCCCUGGGUGGCCCCUGGGGACUUGCACAGACCCCCAACUCACUCCCUGCUCUCAGGGGGGCUCCAGCCUCCCACCUCCCACUCCCAUUCCUGCUUCCUAGUGUCUGCACCCACUGCCCCCCACCCUCC